UCUGAAAGGGAGGGACAGAGGAAGAUUUGAUAUAUAAGCAUGGAAGCCAAUUCUAAAAAUGCGUCUUCAUUUUGGGGGAGGUAGAGGGGAAAUGGCAGAUUCUAGCGAUUCCGUUUCCAUUGAUCUGGAAACGUUCACUCUUGGCGGCAAGGAGUAUCUUGUGAAAACUCGCAAUGGUACUAUUUCAGUUGCUGUGUUUGGAGACCAAGAUAAGCCGGCUCUUGUUACCUAUCCCGAUUUAGCUCUAAAUCAUAUCUCCUGUUUUCAAGGCUUGUUCUUUUGUCCAGAAGCUAGUUCCUUACUCCUCCACAACUUUUGCAUAUAUCAUAUAAGUCCUCCCGGGCAUGAGUUAGGAGCUGCCCCAAUCAGUUCUGAUGACCAUGUGCCUUCCGUUGAUGACUUGGCAGAUCAGAUUGUUGAGGUUCUCAACUUUUUUGGGCUUGGUGCUGUAAUGUGUAUGGGAGUUACAGCUGGAGCAUAUAUUCUUACCCUAUUUGCUAUGAAAUAUAGGCAACGUGUCCGUGGGUUAAUACUUGUUUCACCCCUCUGCAGAGCACCCUCAUGGACAGAAUGGUUAUUAAAUAAGGUGAUGUCAAAUUUACUGUAUUUCUAUGGCAUGUGUGGAGUGGUGAAGGAGUUAUUGCUUAAGCGGUACUUCAGUAAGGAAGUUCAUGGUAGUGUUCAAGUACCAGAAUCAGAUAUAGUUCAGGCUUGCAGAAGAUUGCUAGAUGAAAGGCAGAGUAUAAAUGUUUGGCAAUUCCUUGAAGCAAUGAACGGGAGACCUGACCUUAGCGAAGGACUAAGAAAACUGCAUUGCCGUUCGCUGAUAUUUGUUGGGGAGAACUCUCCUUUCCAUUCUGAGGCUCUUCACAUGACAUCAAAAUUAGAUAGAAGAUAUAGUGCCUUAGUGGAGGUUCAGGCAUGUGGAUCAAUGGUGACAGAGGAGCAGCCCCAUGCCAUGUUGAUACCAAUAGAGUACUUUCUUAUGGGAUACGGCUUAUACAGGCCAACUCUAAGCAUUAGCCCAAGAAGCCCUUUGAGUCCAUCUUGUGUCUCCCCGGAGCUUCUCUCACCGGAAAGCAUGGGCUUAAAGUUGAAGCCGAUUAAAACCCGAAUUUCUUUGGAAGUUUGAGAGAAGAUGAAAGAGAAAGGACAAGCUCACCUUUCUAAUCUAUAUAUGUAAGUUGUUUGCAACUUCUUUUGACCGGUUGGUGACGAUGAGAGAGCACUACUAGGGUUGUAGAUAGAGAAGUACAGACAGAAAAGGAGAUACUGUCAAUUUUUUCUAUUUGUAACCAUAAAUUUAGCUGAGGUGAAGUCAUCUGUAAAUCAUUGGAAUAAUUGUUGACUAGAUAAAUGCCAAUAAAGAUAAUAACAACGGGUAGCUGGUGAAUUUACGCUCUCCAUUUUCUAUUUGUUGUGUCUACUUUUGUAAAAUUGAUUAAUGGUUCUUUGACGCUGCCAAAAAAAUUGACAGCAGACCUUUUGGCACCAAAAGCUUCCACCUAAAAUCGUUACAUUUGUGCUUUCGCUACAGAAGAUAGGAGCCAUGGUUCAGGCAGUGUAGCAAUUGAACUCCAAUCCAGUUCAGAUGGCCAACUGUUUAACAAUUGUGAUCACUCGUUUUGCUGAAAAUUCUUGACAGCCGAGCCGAGCUUAUAUUUCCAAUUCACAAGUUUGUAUUUACUUUUACUCGUAUUUCUAAAUCAUAAAAAGUUAAAACUUCAAGCAGAUAAUAAUGGGAGAAAUUAUUUAACAUAAAUGGAUGAAAACAAGAAGAGAGAGAGAUAGAGAGGU